AUGAUGUCCAUGAACAGCAAACAGCCGCACUUCGCCAUGCAUCCCUCUCUGCCCGAGCACAAGUACACCACGCUGCACUCCAGCUCGGAAGCUAUAAGGAGAGCCUGUCUACAAACUCCACAGCUGCAGAACAACAUCUUCGCCAGCCUGGAUGAGACCCUGCUGGCCCGGGCGGAGGCUCUGGCGGCCGUGGACAUCGCCGUGUCCCAGGGCAAGACGCAUCCCUACAAGCCGGACGCCACCUACCACACGAUGAGCGCCGUGCCCUGCUCGUCGGGCUCCACCGUGCCGCUGGCGCACCACCACCACCACCAUCACCACCACCACCACCAGAACCUGGAGCCGCCGGACCUCAUGGACCACAUCGGGUCGCCGUCCCUCAACCUCAUGGCGCACGACGGGACCGGCGGUGUAGGAGGAGGUGGUGGAGGAGGAGGAGGCGGAGGAGGAGGUGGCGGGCUCCUCUCCACCUCCUCCGGACACCCGCACGCUCACAUGCACGGCUUGAGCCACCUAUCCCACCAGGCCAUGGGCAUGAACUCGCCUCUCACCCACCACGGGCUCUUACCGGGGCACCACGGGGGGUCUCCGUGCGGGCUCAAUAACUCCGGACUCCCGUCCAUCACGGACUCGGACACGGACCCUCGGGAGCUGGAGGCCUUCGCGGAGCGCUUCAAGCAGCGGAGGAUCAAACUGGGGGUGACCCAGGCGGACGUGGGGGGUGCACUGGCCAACCUCAAAAUCCCCGGCGUGGGGUCACUGAGCCAAAGUACAAUUUGUCGCUUCGAGUCGUUGACCCUGUCCCACAACAACAUGAUCGCGCUGAAGCCCAUCCUGCAGGCCUGGCUGGAGGAGGCCGAGGGGGCCCAGCGGGAGAAGAUGAGCAAACCGGACAUUUUCAACGGAGGAGAGAAGAAACGCAAGCGGACGUCCAUAGCGGCCCCGGAGAAGAGGUCCCUGGAGGCCUACUUCGCCGUGCAGCCGCGACCCUCCUCCGAGAAGAUCGCAGCUAUCGCGGAAAAGUUGGACCUGAAAAAAAAUGUGGUGCGCGUUUGGUUUUGCAACCAGAGACAGAAACAGAAGAGGUUGAAAUUUUCCGCCACUCACUGA